CCAAAUAAAAUUACUUCCUCUCGGCCAAAAACCUAACACCUCUCGACUCUCCCUCUGGUUUACCUAGCUCUUCAGAAAUCAGAGUAGAAGCGGAAGAAAUUCAUUAUGAGAAGCGAAUAAACAUUCAACGCAAUCGAGUGUAAUUUCGGUUAGAGUAUUUCAGCAAGAGUUGGUAUUUCCGUAAGAUGGAGAAUCGAAAAAUUGUGGAAAGAGAUGGUAUGGAUCAAAUAAGUAACUUGUCAGAUGAUGUGUUAGUCAUUAUUCUAUCACUUGUUCCAACUGAACAAGCUGUUACAACCAGUUUCUUGUCCAAGAGAUGGAAGUUCUUAUGGAAUUUACUUCCUGAGCUAGACUUUGAUUAUGUUAGCUUUUGCAAAAGCUUCGGUAUUGUGUUCGAGGGUAAUAAAAAGGAGCGGUUUCGUGGGUUCCUUGAGUUUGUUGAUUAUGUAUUUACCCAUCAUCAAGUUGAACAUUUACAGAGGCUUCGCUUUGCAUUUGACAUUGACAGACGCAAAAACUAUGCGACUGACAAAAACUAUGCUUCUGAAGUUCGUAGGCUGGUCAGAGUUGCGAUGAGACGUAACUGUUUGACACUUGAGUUACAAUUUUCGAAUCCUGCAACAGUGUCAUACCCUACAUACCAUGGAAUGCGCAGUUUGCCUCCGUGUAUAUCCUUUCCUCACCGUUCGUUCAAGUACGAAGGAGCAUCAUGUUACCUCUCUAUUAACAAUGCAGAAAAUCUUAUUGAAGUAGAAAUCCAAAUGGUUUUUAACAAACCUAAUGAGCACAUGUUUCUGUUCAAGUUACUAAACAAUCUCAGUAAUGUGGAAGUUCUAAAGCUAGGUUUCCGCUAUCUCGAGGUUCUCGAUACGAAUGGUGGGAGAAGUAUGCUAACUCCUCUUUGCAAUUUGAAGCAUUUAUCUUUAAAAUUAUUGCGGCUUGAAAGAGAGGUUCUGACCUUCAUGUGCUUGUUGAGGAAUUCUCCUUAUCUAGAAACUCUUUCAAUAGAUCUUCACAGCGGAAAUGAGGACUUGGAAGAUAUGCUUUUGUCAGUCUACAGUGAUGGAAUAUGCACAGUUAUGGAGCCACUUUUACUUCCUUCUGAUUGUGUAAUGCAUCUUACGAAAAUCGAGAUUAAGAACUUUCAAGGCUCAAAAGUUGAAAUGGAGUUUGUUAAGAUUAUGCUCCAGAGUUCAUUAUGCUUGAAGGAAAUGGUUAUUUGCAUCAGCUCAAGAUACGAGUAUCUUAAGCAGAGACUGAAGCAGUUAGGUGAAUUUUUGCACAAGAAAAAGAAUGCUGCAGUUGAAAAUAUAUUGGCGUGCACAUGUGCGUCGCCGAAUGCCCAAAUAUUAAUCAAAUAAGGGAGGAUCUUAUUAUGAAGGUUUCCCAUUUUGUGAUCCUGAUUGUCGAUGGGAAUAAUUUAGCAUUUUAUCGUGUCAUUAUUUUUCGGGUAACUAAGCAAAU